ACUUAUUGUCACAAGAUUAAGCAAUGUUAAUUGGGCUUGGGCUUAUUGCCUAUUAAUGGGCCAUAGCAAAUUGCUUAACCGGUUAUAUUAUCUGGAGUAGAGACAUUACUAUUACCGAUCUUGUAGUGAUCGUGUAACCGCCGGCGACUCUUCUCACUUCUCCGAUGUCCUCUCCGUCUGCCGUCGGCGACCUCUUAGCCGCGCUUUCUUACCGCCUCGAGAACGGAAACCGAGUCCUCGAAGAAGAACUAAACGAGUCUUCUUCAUCUAUAGGACGAGCUAUCUCGGAGCUUAACCGAUCGCUAACUCUCGACACCAACGGCGAGGAUUCUGGGUUUAGCGUUUUGGACGCGACGGUGUCUCUAAUGUGCUUCAAGGCACCUCAGGUUUUUGAUUCGGUGGUUGAGUUUCUGGUGAAGACUAUUGUAUCCGUUUUAUCAUCUUCAAGUAGUUGUAAGGUGAUAAGGUAUCACAAUGAUGAAGCUUUACAGUUUGGGAGCUUGAGUUUACCUUGUUGCUCUGAGGAACUGAUUGAAAUCUCUAAGGACAUUAUUGAUAAGUUGGGGGUAAAUGGAAGACUAGCUACUUUGCUGUUCCAAGCUGUAGUGAGAUCAGCAGCUUCAACAUCAUUCAGAGCUAGAAAGUUAGCCGAUGGAAGAAACAUGGGUGUGUCUAAGCUUCUUGCUUACUUACCGAGAGAAUCAUCUAUAGAGAAUGACAAGAUACCUCUGAGGAUCCUGUUCUGGUAUCAAGAUCCAUUGUCGUUGAAGGAAGACGUUUCAAGAAUCUUGAAAGAUUUGGUGGAGAGGCCUUUCCUUUGUCUAAACAAGGAGCUCUUCGAGAGGGGAGAGUGGCGCGAUGUCGUCGUCUGCUUAGCGCUUUCUCCUUCUAUGUUCAUUAACGCCAGAGCUCUCUUACAUAAGUGGUUUUUGCUUACGGGACUUGCUUCAGUGUUUGACUUACUCGCCGCUUUGGUCUCUGCAGUGGUGGAUACAGUUUCAAGACCAACGUUGUGGGGUAUACCUAUGGAACUAGCUUCCAUGUUACCAUUCUCUGACGCAUACUUUCCUCACCAGUGUCAGUUUCUGAGAAUCUUGGCUGGUCCUCUCACCUCCAACUCCCUAGUAACGUUAGCUCAUAGUUGCAAGCCUACUCCAAUAAAAGUCCAAGCAUUAGAUGACAAAACCGAAUGGGCUUUGGCUAUUAACUUCCCAGAUUGGUUUUACUUUGCUUCAGCUAUGCUCUUCUCUGGAGGAAGUUCGUUAGAGAACAUUCACCAUAGAUACGCCUCACAUUCACAAGUGAGUAACAUUAUACCGCCAUGUGGUGUGGAAGGCCUCUCCGUUGCUGCGGCAACAUACAUUGCUUGGAUCCUGAACCCUGCGAGUGGAACCAUUCAAGAAUCACUAACUAAGUCUCUCAUCAGAGUCUCAGAGAUGUUACGUCGUAGUGAGACUACAACUGGCAAGAGAAAGAAACCAGCUUCCAGUAUUGUGGAUGACCUGGUCAGAGAGUUUCACAACAAGAUCACCAAUUCAUUUUCUUGUGAACUAGAUAACAUGCAAAACAAUCUGUUGGUAAGAAGAGUGGUGGUUGGUGUACUGAUAUGCUCUCCAUAUACAGUAACAGACGAAGAGUAUGAGCUGGUACUGCACUAUGCUGCAACUGGGAAGCAUCUAGCCGUCAAGAAGUUGCGGUUUAACGGAUUCAAACAAGCAAAGGGAAGCUCUAAAACAUCCAUGUUGCAGUCAAAUGAAAUAACCAAGGAGGAGGCUGUUGAAGGCACACGCCUUGUUUUCAACUUAACCGACACUCUGGAGAGUAUGUGUGCAUCGAGCUUUGAAGCUGAAGAGGACGCACAUGAGUUUAUCAACCAGUUUAAGCUAAGGUCCAGCAAGUACUUGGUCAAAUGCAUCGACCGCAUGAUUCAACUUCACUGCGAAGAAGAUGGAGAUCUGAUACUAAACGACAUAAACAUCAGACUGGAACAAUGGUCGAUGAAAGGACCAGAAGAUCCGCAGCUCAAGGAAGAUCUUGAUACCAUUGCUGCUAAACUAGCCUUCAUAUUCUCACCUGUGUAGCUGUCACCAACUCACCCUUCAGUUUUGGACAAAGAACCACUGGGAUAACACCAGGCAAUAACAUGUUUUGUAAUGAUAAUAUUGAAUUAAGAAUUAAAGAUCAUUAAUGACAUGGGAGAGAGAUCCUGUCUAUUGAGUUUUGGAA